AUGGUUUGGCUUCUCGAUGAUCACUGGGACAAACAACACCGGUCGUACGCUAUGUCGGUGGAGCAGCGGGAGCUUGCACCUCUGAAGCUUCGGUCUCAUGGGGUCACCCUUGGGUGGAUGCGCUAUGAUGAACGGUACACACCAUAUGUAAGGGAGACAGGACUUCUCCCUUUCAUUCAGUUGGCCAGCCGGUCGAUGCCACCCAACAAUGCUGCAGCACUCACCGCGCUUAUUGAUAAUUGGAGGUCGGAGACACAUAUUUUCCAUCCUCGGACCGGGCAGAUGACUGUGACGCUCCAGGAUAUGGCUAUGAUCACCGGUCUUCCUAUCGAUGGGAAUCCUCUAUGUAUGAACACCGAUUCUGAUGGGUGGCGCGUGCAGAUGCAUGCCCUUAUCAGUAUGGUUCCUCGGGAGCCUCGGGAACCAGAAGCAGAAGAUAAGAAGAAGGAAAGAGUCGCAACCAUUGCUCCUUUCACGUGGAUUACAUCGCACUUUGGAACUUUCCCUGAGGAAGGUAAUGAGGACACGGUCAAGACAUAUGCUCGUGUCUACAUGUGGUACGUGAUAUCCAGGACUAUGUUUGCUGAUGGCACAGGCAAGAAUGCUCCAUGGACGUGGCUGAAGGCGUUGACCGUCUUUGAUAGCAAAUGGAGUUGGGGUUCGGCGACACUGGCUUACUUAUAUAGACAGCUGGACGAAGCCUGUUGUAGGCCAUCUGGGGGUAUUGGUGAUUGUAUGCUCGCACUUUACAUAUGA